CUCAUGUGAAAAAUAUUUUUUGCCGAAAUAAUUAAUUUUUCGCAUAUUUUAGGCAAUAAAACUCAAACUAAACAAAUUAAAAUUAAUUUUUAAUCAAUUACGAAACACUUAAAAUCAAAAAUUAUAAGAAAAAGUCUUCGAAAUGGGCAAAAACUUUGAAAGCGAUUCCGAUGAGGAACGCAACAGAAGUCGCAGUCGAACUCCUCAAGCAGCUCCAACGCCGGGUUUUUCUCUCGAACAUCACGAUUCACGCUCAAACAGUGCCAACAGUCGACGUUCAGGAAGCGGAAGCAGCAAAGGAAGUCGUUCCUCGUCCCGUUCUCGUUCAAAUUCCCCCGCUUCACGUAAAUCCGGGAACAAAUCUGGCAGCGCAAGUCCCUCUUCGCGCAAAUCUCGGAGUCGAUCUCGUCGCGAUUCGGGUUCAGAACGUUCUAAAAGCGGCUCGGGUUCACGUUCAGGAUCUCGUAGCGGUUCAGCAGCUUCGGGAAAUCGUUCUGGAUCGGGUUCAAGGAAGAGCGGAUCGCCUCCUGUCAGUACUGAGAAGCGAAAACGCGCACUUUUAUCGGAUUCUGACUCGAACGACAAACCAGCUGUGAGUAAAGUGAAGAAAUCCGGGUUAAUUGACAGUGACAGCGAAGAAGAUGAGGCUCCGGCGAAGAGUGAGGAGCCCAAAGAAGGCGUUACUGUGGAUGCUCUGUUCGGAGAUGAUGUCGACGACAUUUCCGAUGACGAAGAGAAGAAAAGCGGAAGUGAAAAAGGGUCUGAAAAGGAAGAAGAUAGCGAUGCAAGACGUUCAAAAACGCCGGAAAGAGCAAGAUCUCGAAGCGCAUCGAGUGACGAUCAAAAUUUCGAACGCGUUUAUCAGAAUUUAGACGACGAGAAGGAAAAUCAACCGGAACCGGAGCCUGAACCGUUGCCCGAAACGAGAAUUGACGUCGAAAUUCCUCGAAUUGUCACGAAUUUGGGUCGCGACAUUCAUUUUGUGAAGAUGCCAAAUUUCCUGUCGGUCGAAACGAGACCUUUUGAUGUCGAACAGUACGAAGAUGAGAUCGACGAGGAAGACGUUAUGGAUGAAGAAGGUCGUCAACGCUUGAAAUUGAAGGUUGGCAACACAAUUCGAUGGCGCGAAACGUACGACAAGGAGGGAAAAUUGAAACGCGAGUCAAAUGCGCGUUUCGUAAAAUGGUCCGACGGCAGCAUGUCGCUCCAUUUGGGCAGCGAAAUCUUCGAUGUGUACAAACAACCGCUCGCCGGCGACCAUAAUCACUUAUUUAUCCGUCAAGGCACGGGUUUGCAAGGUCAAGCUGUGUUCCGAACAAAACUCACUUUCCGCCCGCAUUCGACGGAAUCUUCAACGCACAAAAAAAUGACAAUGUCUCUCGCAGAUCGUUCGACCAAAACGAGCGGAAUUAAAAUUCUCACGCAAGUUGGGCACGAUCCGGAUGCCGAUCGUUACGGAAAACUCAAGGCAGAGGAGGAAAAAUUGCGACAAGCGAUGCGCGCUCGUGCCGGACAUGCCAAACAACCGAAACGCUCGAGUGCUGCGGGCGGGCAUAACGCAUCGUAUCGCGAUCAUGACGAAGCUUCGGACGACGAAGGAGCAAUUUCCAUCGCUGCCAUCAAGGGAAAGUACAAAAAAGACCCGAAAUCCAAGCAAUCUGCGGCGACAAUUUAUUCCAGCGACGAAGAUGGAUCCGAUAUUGAGACACGAAGGAAGAAAAAGGCAGAUAAAAGCAAAGCGUUGCGUGCGUUGGAUGAGGAAGAUGGCGGAUCAUCAGACGACAAUGAAGGCUCCGAACGUAAAAGCGGAUCAGAACAUUCGGGAUCUGGUUCGGGAGAUGACAAAUCUGACGAAAGUGACUAAAUUUGUACGUUUAUUUUUAUUAAAAUCGGUUUAAGAAUUCAUUUUAAGUGAGGAAAAAUAAAGAAAUUGACGAAAAAUGAUCA